GCGGGACUAUGAAGAAGUGCUGCCCGUCUAUGUUGAUACAGAUCUAACAAACUGGACUAACAGAGUGUCUGCUUACGUUGCCCCUCGCAUGGACUAAUUUUUGUUUUAUACGGAGGAAAAGUUUCUCAGCGUGGGGAAAUUGUAAAAAAGGAAAAAGCUUUCAACUCCACUGGCUCGGAGAACUUGGCGACCUGGCUCCAACAUUUGGGCCGCCCUCUGCUACUGCACGAAGUGAAGGUUGAUAUGCCACAUCAGUGAUGGAGCCCAUGACGGUUACGACGUCGGUGGUAGGACCAGACGAGUUCGACCGCAACGCCCCGCGGAUCUGCGGCGUUUGCGGCGACAAGGCCACCGGUUUCCACUUCAACGCCAUGACGUGUGAGGGUUGCAAGGGAUUUUUCAGGCGCAGCAUGAAGCGUAAAGCCUCCUUCACCUGUCCAUUCAAUGGGACCUGCACCAUCACCAAGGACAACCGACGUCACUGCCAGGCCUGCCGCCUCAAACGCUGCGUCGACAUUGGCAUGAUGAAAGAGUUCAUCCUGACAGACGAGGAGGUUCAGAGGAAAAAGGACAUGAUAAUGAAGAGGAAAGAGGAGGAGGCAGCCCGCGAGGCGAUGAGGCCACGUCUGAACGAGGAGCAGGCCCGCAUCAUCUCCAGUCUCGUGGAAGCUCACCACAAGACUUACGAUGCCUCCUAUUCCGACUUCUCCCGCUUCAGGCCUCCAGUGCGUGAAGGUCCAGUAACACGCAGUGCCAGCAGAGCCGCCUCCCUUCACUCUUUGUCUGACGCCUCCUCUGACUCAUUCAACCACUCACCUGAGUCUGUGGACACUAAGAUGAACUUCACCAGCCUGUUGAUGAUGUACCAGGACGGGGCGAGCAGUCCUGACUCCAGCGAGGAGGACCAGAAGCUUUCCAUGCUGCCCCACCUGGCAGACCUGGUGUCCUACAGCAUACAGAAGGUCAUCGGCUUUGCAAAGAUGAUCCCAGGCUUCAGGGAUCUGACGGCAGAAGACCAGAUCGCUCUGUUGAAGUCGAGCGCCAUCGAGAUCAUCAUGCUGCGCUCAAAUCAGUCGUUCAGUCUGGAGGACAUGUCCUGGAGCUGCGGAGGACCCGACUUCAAAUACUGCAUCAACGACGUUACAAAGGCUGGUCACACUCUGGAUCUGUUGGAGCCGCUGGUGAAGUUCCAGGUUGGUCUAAAGAAACUCAACCUGCACGAGGAGGAACACGUGCUGCUCAUGGCCAUCUGCCUGCUCUCCCCAGAUCGCCCCGGAGUCCAGGACCAUGGUCGCAUCGAGCAGCUGCAGGAUCACCUGUCAGAGGCUCUGCAGGCCUACAUCCAGGUGAACCACCCGGGCGGACGCCUCCUCUACGCCAAGAUGAUCCAGAAGCUGGCCGACCUGCGCAGCCUGAACGAGGAGCACUCCAAGCAGUACCGCUCCCUCUCCUUCCAGCCCGAGCACAGCAUGCAGCUCACCCCGCUGGUGCUGGAGGUGUUCGGCAGCGAGGUGUCAUAGCAGUGGAGGAAGCCCACUCACACACACACACACACACAGACUCACCACACAUCACAGGAAAAUAUACCGACCCCUGCCGCCUUCUUUUCCCCGACGGACCCCCAGCUCUGAAAGACACAAGGGAGAAGAUGGAUAAUCCCGUAGAUAGACGGUCACUUUCACCUCCUCAUCAUCACCUGACCUCGAGCGGCAAGGCUCUGGAUUUACGGAUAUAAUACACCUGGAUAUGCUGUGCAUUUUUGCAGCACCUUACCAGAUUAUAUGUUAACCUCUGGAACACAGUUCCGCAUUACACACCAGGCAGAUAUCCUGACUCUGGAGUAGACGGACAUCCUGAUUCUCUCUGAAAUUCGCAAACUCUAAAUAAAGAAAUCGCCUUUUCUCAUCACCGCCUUCCCCUCCGGACAUCACUGCUAGAUUCCUGCCAUUUUCUUUUUGUUUUGACAGCGUGACGGAUGUGACGUUUACAUCCUCUUUAUAACCAUCAUCCUCAUAACAAGUGCGAGGAAUGCAUUCACAGAUUGACAUCUAUUAACCACGCUGGCACUUGUGAGGUACAAAUUAUACGCGAUCAAUGUUCAUACACCUAGAUCGCUAUGUUGACAGCAAAGACAUCCAAAUAUAUUAUCAUCAACACGGCCAGCUAGCUUACCAUGAUAUAGUGGAAAAACAUUUUUAAAUGCUUGGUUAAGACGGGCUGUGUUUCUGUGUAUGUGCAAAGAGAGGUCUCAGCUGGAGAAAAGAAAGGAAGUCAAAUUAGGAAUGUUUCAGUGUUGUAACGGCAACAAGAGAAGUGGGAUUUGGAGUCACGGAGGUGUGGUAGAUGGAGGGAGGGAUAUGCUACGGUUGGAAUUCCCUGUUCACGAGACAAAAGGGAAUUUCACAAAACAAGAAUGUAUGUAUAAUGCUAUAUAAAUAUAAAUGAUACGUAUAAGCUGAUAUAUAUAAAUAUAUAUAUAUUUAAGAGAGCGAAACAUGGUUGCUUCCGUGUAAGCAAAUAGUGUUGUAUAAUGUAGAGGAUCUGAAGGCCCCUCCUCAGUUCUGUGUGUGUCGUCACACAUAAGAAAGCGCUGAGAAGUGUGUGAGGAGUCCUUUUUUAUUUUUGUGAUGUGUGUACAGUAAAUGAGAAUCCUGAUGGACCACAAGGGGGUGCGUGCAGGCUUUAACUCGAGGGUUUAGUACAGGGACGGAUUCUUUUUUUCUUAUUUCGGACCUGUGAAUUUUGUAGACUGACAUAAACAAACAUUGUGGAUAGAGAUUAUCCAAGCAAAAAAAAAUAAAAAAUGACCCGGCUGGUUAGAUUGCUGCUAAGACAGUUAGGGCCAGGUAGUUGGACAGAAACCGACUUACCGGCUGUUGCCUCAGGGAAAAGUUUGUCUGAUGAUUUUGUGUACUUGGUGUUUAUCGUGUGUGUGGCGUUAGCUUACAAUCAUAAGGCAGAGAUCGUUCUCGAAGCUCUAGGCAUCACUGUGACUUCUAAACAAACUACGUAACAGUAUAAGUAAGCUAAACGUUUUUUUAAAUAUAAAUUACUACAAGAUUUUUAAUCAUCUGUUCAUGAGACAUUUAAAAUGGUUUGUACAAACCUUUAAAGAUCAUUGUUAAAGCUGGUCUGUUCAUUAAAUGGCCACAUUUGAAAACAACGGUGAUUAAUAUAAGCCUUAAAGUUAUUUUUAUUCAGGGAAAAGUGAAAAUGAAGGUAGCAAUGUAACGUAAAGCUGAACAGAGACCUUUUAUACCUAAAAUUUAACAAGCGCCAUACCUUUUUUUAUUUUUAGGGUCACAUUUCAAUCAAUUUCAACACCAGCCACAGAAGCGAGGUUUAGGAUGUUAAACAUCACUACAUAUCAUUUCUCUCACACAGUGCAUGCUCACCCUCUCUCACAGGCCGGCAGCACCCCCUUGUGGACAAACUCUGUAAAUACCACUUGCUAAGUCUGUACAUAGCUAGAGAUUAAUGUAGACAAAAUACUAAGAGAACUCAACUGUCGAUGGCAAGAUGCUCUGGAGAUGCAGCACUAUAUGCAAUUAGGAGAUGGACUCUUAUGUUGUAUUCAACUAGAAUGGAGAGAGCUGGAAACCCUGGUCAUGUGACUGAGCUGGUCGGAGCAUUUAAAAAAAAGACUGCCUGACACGAGUUGGACCAGAAAGCUGCUACACUUUUUAUUUCUACAAUUUCAAUUCCUAUGAUGCCCAUGCAUACCUUAAAUGCAUCAAAAUCUGCUUAUGGCACUGUGUCAUUAUUAUAAGGCCUUAUAGAUAUCUUUAAACACAUAGCAUGAUAUAAUAACUUAUAAGGUCAAGUAUCAUACAGCUUUAUAACAACGGGUUACUCAAUGACAUUUAUUGUUGUAAUACUUUAUAUAUAAUGCAUUAUAGUCACUCUUAUAAUGCACAAUAUGUUACUUUAAGUAGUUUGUGUUCUUGCAUAGAUAUAAUGAUAUAUUUUGAACACGUAUACUAAUCUAUAUCCACAUUAUAAUGCAUAAUAGCAGAGAUAAUAAUGCAUAGAAAAAAUAUAAUGUAUUCCAACUAAAGGAGUGACAAAUAUAAAGUAUCAUGGUUGGCCUUAUAAGUUGUAAUAAAUAUGCUUUAUUUAGUAUGAUUAUAAAGGAUAGCGAAUAUGUUUGAGGUCUUUAACUAUACAGUACUAUAAAAAGUGUAUACCAUUAUAGUUAUGGCAUCAUAAAAAGUGUUACGCUUAUAGUUUUCAGCAAAUUUAAACUGAAACUUACAUUAUAAUUGUCUUUAUAGUUCAAAUAUAUAUUUUAAAAACAGCUUUAUGUAAUUUUAAGGGAUGAUCCCAAACAAACAAAUAUAUUUUAUUAUCUUUGGCUUUUACAAAGAUUGUGCAUCUUGUAAUUUGAAUAUUGUGAUAAUUCCGUUUUUGAUAAAAUCCCUAUUAAUUGCGCCGUUAUUUAUAAUCAGUUUUAGUGAUAAUAAAUGGCCAGCAUUGGUCCAGCCCUGUGCUGAUGAUGCUCCUAUGAAUGAUGGGACUCCGACGUGUAAUAAUUGAAAGUCUUGAUGUAGCCGAACAUUCCCAGUGGUGGUGUUGAUCAUUCCGACUGGCUGAGUGUCCUUGCACCAGCCAGGAUGUGAGAGUCCUGAACUCUCCGGCAGCUUUUUAAAAAAAGACUCCUAACAGCUCAAUGUGUCCUCACCAGGACGUGUCCUCUCUGUCCAUUCCGAGCUUAUGGAUGUACAUCUUUUCUCUUUUUCUCUUUCUAAAGUCUAUCGAUAAGCUUUUGACAAUUAUACAGUAUAUCCAUUUCAUUUUGGUGAAAAUCUUUUUUUUUUUUUCUCUUUAUUUUCUUUUCAAGAUUGUCAAUUUUAUUGUGUGUCAGCGUUUUCCUGCUAGCGCUUUGGCUUGCUGUGCUGGGCCGUUGUCAUUUUUUUUAAACAAGCAGAGAUGAGCGUGAUGGACUUCUGGAGCCUUUUUCUUGGUGCAAAAUGAACAACUCCUCCUGGAUUUUAAGGGAACAGGACUCAUCCUCGUUCGUUUUGCUUGUACCACCUGGUAUCUCACCCAAGAGGAACAAACACAGAGGAGAAAAAAACUGUUUCAUUGGCAAAGAAAAAAGGCAGAUCCCUGGCUCUCAAAAAAACAAACAGCUAAGUGCUUUCCAGAAGCAGGAUGUCAAACACUAUCAAGUGAACUAACACUGCCUCAAAUGACUGAUCCAGGAAUUAGCCAAUGGCCAACAGUUUAGCUGCAGCAUGGGCGUGCCUCCUCAUCCGCCACCCAACCCUCUAACCACCUCUUCUUCUGCAAUAGCCAAUCACAGCAGGAUAACUCUUCAUAGCUUUAACUCAGCAGCCCCUCAGGCUCUAAAAAAAAACUGGUGCACCAAGGGCUGAUGGGAGAUUUAGCUGCUGUGGAAUUGGACGUGUCACUAUCAAACUGUGAAAAGAGAAAAGGACUGUAGAAAUCGGACCCCAGAAAACGCUGGUAUUGGACCUCCAGAAGACUAGGAUCUGUACAGAAGAUGUUAGGAGAUGAAAUUAUUUUUCAAAAUGAGAAUCCACAGAUGUAGUAACGUGCUCUACAGGCACCGGCGACUGACGGAACCCAAAGUGUGACAUUCAUUUUCUCAAUAUGUCUCGCAUUGCAGCUCUUGGAAUUUUAGACUUUAAAAAAAAAGUGAAAGCAAAUUUGAUAUCCAUAAAAAAAAAUAAGACAUUUGUUGUUUCUGUUUCAAAACGGAAUGCAGGGCAGGGAAACGGGGUGAGAGUGAAACAUCAGUUAUGUAGCUUUGCUCAGCUGCUUUUCGACAUCGCAAUGGAUAACUACAUUUGUAACGGUUGUACAUGACAGUUUUCUUCACUAAUGGCUAACGUGAGUAUUGUAGCUGAUGCUCUCUCUCGUCUCAACCCUCCCCCCGCCCCUGGAACCCAGGUCAGCAGCUCCACCUCAGUAGCCUUACUUUCAGUAACCUCACUCAGCUGGAUACAUUUAACAGAUACCUCAAUAUUUUACAGGAAGACUUCUUCACAACAGCCUUCAAGGGAACCAAACAUACACACACACACACACACACACACACACACACACACACACACACACACAAACAUAAACAUGCCACAACUCUCCUCAGUUUAUCGCAAACGUACAGCAAACUACUUGCCAGUAAACCAGUCAGUAUACCAGUGGAUCCCAAUGUUUCUACAUGUUAACCGUUCUUCUGCUUUACUCACGAGAUCUCUGUUUUCUGUCCUCUAUCCGACUCUAUGCCGAUGACGCUCCGCUAAGCUUUGGCAUCGCGUAUAACCCAACAUACUACCUCUCCCUUCCGCACACACACACACAUAUAUAUAUAUAUAUAUAUAUAUAUAUAUAUAUAUAUAUGUAUGUUUGUCGCAGCAUGAUUGUGUUUGUGAUAAAGCAACCAUUUUCAUUUUUUGACAGUAAUGAAGAAGGGUUUUUUUUGUGUGUACAGUACAGUAGAUUCCUCUGUUUUCAAAUGCUGGAUUUCUUUAUACCUCAUAUCUCAACAUAAGCCUACACAUCUUUGGAGUCAGUAUAUCGGAGACCUCAUUACAACCCCUUUGUCACUGAAGUGUGGCAAUGUGGGUUAAGACCAACGUUCACAUAGCAGCUAAAAGAACCUCCGUUAUUUUUGAGCAGUGAACAACAUCUAACCUUUUUGAUGUUUCAUUUCAAUAAACAGUUUGACAUACAAGAUGGUCAUUUUUAGUGUAAAUAUAGCUGCAUACUUUCUUCUCAAACUGCAUUCACAUGAUACGUGAUUUGCUCUUUGCCCACUCGAGGGCACUGAGCCUUGUGGGGAAAACAGCUUGUUAGGUGUCGUUUGCAUAGUUACAUCCGCUGCUAGCUUGCGCCGCUUCAUGAAGUUGUCAUCUGAUUGGUUGCGCUUCUAAAGUUCAGCGAUACAAUGUCAAGUUGAAAUAAUUUCAAUUUGGCGACAAUUUUGAGUGAUUCGGUUCCGCGUAUUCAUAAUGGCUCUGUGUAUAGAAGCACAGCGUCAGCGCAGUCAUUUUAACGUGUCAUGUGAAUGCAGCCUAACUGAGUAUACAUUUGAAGUUUGAGUUUUUCUCGAAAGUACAAAAAAGCAGUUUAAACCAAAAAGACUCUGCUAGCUUAAGUUUAGCAAGCAGGCUAAUUUAGAGAAUCCUUGAUCCGCGAGUUUUAGCUUGCUAUGUGAAUGUAGCAUUAAACAAGAGGAGAUGAUGGACGUCAAACGCUCGUGAGUGGACACUUCAGGGGCAAACUGGGCUCAGGAGUCAAGAGGCAGCGGCUGCUCCGUCAGUACAGCAGACAUUUGUACUCUGGUGUUUUUUUUUUUGUUUGUUUUUUGUUUUACAGUUAAAAGUGCUGGAUUCACAGUGACAAACCUCGAUCAGUGUUUUUUUUCCAGCUCUAUACAACAGUUCAGAGACAGGGACGGAGGUCUUGGGGUCUAUUCGUCUGACUCGGAUAAGGGGAGUGGUAGUUAGACUUUUAAAACCAGCUCUGCCCUAACAUCUCAAAUGUAAAAAGUGUCUGCUUGGCUUUGCUCUCGCAGAUUCCCUGUUGUGUUCGUCUCUCGCUGUGGCUUUCCUCUUAACGUCUCAUGAGGGUUUGUAACAUUGGGAUCCUAUUUUAUAUAUCCUAGAUCCAAAUAGUGUGUGCAACCUCAGCCUUCUUCUAACUCGCAUCCUUCAUUUGUUCGCUGCACUCACUCAGCUUUCAGGUAACCAGCCCUUCAAAAUAAAAUGCUGUGAAAGACACAAUACGCCUUUAGUGAACACUCUUCGUCGAAUCUCAAAUCACGUUUCAGCUCACAGGAAGUGACAAAGGUUUUUCUUUGAAGUAUUAGAUAUUUAGUAAUGCAAGUAUUUUAUCGCAUCUCUGUGAUUAACACUAACAUGUAACUUACUGCGGAAAAUCAACACUUUUAGCCAUUUUUUGUCAGAUUUUGAGUAAAACCUCAAAACUGUUGGGCCGUGUUUGGACCUGAGGAGAGCGGUUGCAUAGAUAGAAAGUCAUUUUUUUCUAACAAAACUGUCUGUUGCUCUGAUUGUGUUUCUCUGCUACCUCUUUAAAUAUGCGCUUGCUCACACACGCACUUAAAGUCUCACAGGCGAAUUCACACUCAUACUGACAAAAAAAAAAAGACCGACACUGAACACAACAGAGACACGCAGCACAUUUGUGUGCACUUCUUUCUACUUCACCAGCAGUUCUUUGCCAAUGAUGCACUUGUGUUUUUUUCUCGAAAUACUCGGCAAAAAUAAUCAACCUUAAAUAAAAAAAAAAACGUACAACAAUAUAUUCUAGAGCAAGUCCUGGGGUAGCCAGGUCAGUAGAAAUACAUUUAAAACUCAUCCAGAACAUACAUAAAGUUCAAAAAAGCAAACAUUAAUGCACAUAUAUUGCUCAGCUCAGUUGUACCUUGGUGUGCCUAGAACCCACAGCCUUAUUUUGGGACAAUAUCAGGGGUUUUAAUCCAGAAUACAGGACCCUCCGUCUUUGUAUUUCUGACUGUUUCAUUUAGUUUCCGCAGCUGAUUCUUUUCCUCUCUUUAUAUCCACUUAUUGUUGGUUAUAACAAUUAUAUUAAAUAUGUGAGGGGCUUGUCCUGACUUUUCCUGCUGGUUUAUUCAUUAAGUUAUUCCCCUCGGUUGAUUAUAUUUUAUAUAUUAAAAUGGUAUUUAUGGCCUAAUUGUAAAGUAAAAAUCUUACUUUUUCUAAUGAAAUUAUUUUAUUUAAGUGUUUUUUCCCCCAGCAGACUGGCCUCCCACAGAAUGAACUGAACUCAUUAUUAGGCAGAUCAAAAUGAAAAAAACAAUAGUUGAGUCCCAAGAUAAGAACCUUUGACCUUCACACACACACACCACCAUGCAGUAAACCUCACCCGACCUCAGUGCAGAAACUUAAGUAUUUUCAACAUACAGCAAACCGUUGCCAUGGCAUCAGUAGCCCUUUAUAUAAAAUAAGUAGUGUUAUUCAUACAGUACCUUAACCAAUGUCUCUCUUCGUGGUCAAAAUCACCGCCUGUUUUUUUCGUGUCGCUCUUCUCUUUCUUUUUUUUGCUCUUGUCUUUAAAGUUGAUCCAUUGUACUUUGUUUACAUGCAUUGUAUGUAGUAGAAUACUGAUAAUGUUUUGGGGAAAUCACAAAUAAAACAGCUGUAUAUAAUGAUGCAAAACGA